UUGAGGAGGUAGCUGAAAAAUUAAUGACUAUGCAUGAAGAAUGUUUGGAAGGUAAUUAUCAGUCAAUUGAAAAACUAAGGGAAGCCAGUUCCCGGCCUGCUGUUCAUCAUAUUAGACAGGCUGUUAAUGAGGACAAUGAUGAUGAUGAUGACGACGACAAUGAUGAGAACAUGGGAAAUGAUAAUUCAUCAAACAUGAUUGUGGAUGCACCAGAAGCCCCCCCACCAAAUUUAAAUCCAGCAGACAUGCCAGUAGAGGAGCCAAGGGCCUCAAACCCUAAGGUUGCUGAAGCAGAUGAUGGAUGGGUGGUAGUUGCCUCCAAGCGGAAUGGGGGUAAAAGGAACUGAGUUUCCCAUGCCCUGUGGCCUUUUAUAUUUAGUAUAUUUUUUCCCAUGUUUUUUUUUACCCUUUUUAUUUUCCCAUUGUGUAUUAUCUAAAUUCUUUUUUUUUAAGGAAGAAAAACUUUGUUUGGUGAUAUCUUAUUAUUUAGAGCCUAUUUGAUAUGGUUGUCGUCUCAUUGUUGA